AUGUGGCUUCCGAACGAAAUCAUUAUGCUGUUGUUAAAAGCUCCGGUUAUUUCAUUCAUUUUGGCAGUUGGAAGUGGAUUGUCUUCAAAUGGCGGUUCUAAUAUAUUCGUGGAUGCAAACCCCGCGCAGUAUAUAAUUCUUGAAAUAAAUACGGAUUCAAAGAAAGAAGUCUAUCUGGUUCAAUUUGCAGACCAACCUCAAUCUCCGAAGUUUCAUGACUCACAUCGACAGAUAACUUCUAAUAUUAUCGAAGGAGAUGACGACAUUCGGCACAAAAAUUCCAAUAUCAUCGAAAAAGAUGAUGAAAUUCGACAGGUAAAAUUGCAUAUUUUCGGAACAAAUAACGGCGAUCGACAGAAAAAUUCCAAUAUUAUCGAAAAAAAUGACAACAUUCAACAGAUAAAUUCCAAAAUCAUCGAAAGAGAUGACAACAAUCGACAGAUAUCAGAUACCUUCGACAGUAACGACAUGAGUAAUCAGGCUGAUUCAAAAGGCACUAUUGAUGAUGGAUCGGUUACGAUACAACACGAAAAUAUCGAUAGGCAGAUGAAUUCAUCAGGAACCAAUAAAUACGGAUCAGACACUGAACAAAACAACAACAUUCAUAAAAACUUUAACGGAACAGGAAUAAACUCCUUUGGUUCAAACACCAUUCAGUUUGAAAAUACCCAUUACAAAUACAAUUCAACUGGUAAUAAUACUUACGGGUCUGUCACGAAACAAAAUAACAAUGUCUACGACGGGACUAAUUCAACAGGUGACAACUUCUAUGGAUCAAGUACUCUUCAAAAAAAUAAUGUCUUCAUUCAAACAAAUUCAAGUGGUAGUGAUUCAUAUGGAUCAUACACCGAACAAAAUAAUAACACGUAUGGAGGAUCUAAUUCCAAAGAUGGUUCUAUCUAUGGAUCAAACACAAUUUUAAAGAAGAACAGAUUUAACAAGAAAAACUCUCGUGUUAAGAUCAAUUGGGGAUCAAAAACUAAUCAGACCAACAAUAAGUAUUGA